AUGGGGUUAUGUCUAGAGAAAAUAGAAAAGUCCAUCUCCUACAUGGAUGAUACAUACGAUGCAAACUUCGGAGAAUGGAUAAGAAAUGAAGACAAUGCACGCAUAGUUGCAUACAAUAUGAAGAAGUAUAUUGACAACUAUAAGACAUCGGACUUCAUAGUUGUUGUGAAGUGGAUAGUUAAGGAUUGGACACUGAAGUCCAUAAUAAUCUUCUCAAAAAAAAUGUUGGUUGAGGAUAUCAAGGUUCUGAGCUUCAGGAGAUCCGAAGAAGAUAAAGAAAAAUAUAACAAAAGAGUCAAGAUAAUCUCUGGGCUUAUUUUUACAUGGAACCCCGUAUUUAUCACAGAGUUCAUAGUCUCAAUAACACGGUCGUUUGGGGCUAACGAGAAGUACAAACUUCUGGUGAACUUGUUAGAGGUUUUUGAGGCCAGAAAGCUCUCUGAGAUCCUGUCCCAGCUAGAAACAAAGAUUGAGCAAAAAACCUGGAAUGAACUCUUUAAAACUUUCAAUGAAGAGGCAUAUAAAAAGCAUAGGCCUCGAGGCAAAAGAACUGCUAGUAUACUACGAGCAUAUAACUUAUCUUAA